AUGGAAUUUCUCACCAAGCUUAAAUUCUGGGCAAAUCCCAUGUCUGGAGCUGACGCCAGCUCCGACGGAGAUUGCUUCUCUAAUAGUUCGGAAAAUUCCAACGAUGAAAAAACCGAUGAUGACGACUCUUUCUUUGAUUUGGUUUUCCAAUCGCCAGAUUCCAAUUCGAAGCCUCUGUCCCCAAUAGCUAUUCAGAGGACAGCUAUGAAAUUCAAAGUGUUCAUGUUGGGUUUGAAGAGAUCAUCAAAAUGUGACAAAACGGAGAUCAAUAGCGAAAAAACGAAGCGUGAUUCGGUAAAUUGCAGAGUGGAUGAAGUUCCGGUUUGUUCCUAUUUUACCAGAGAUAACAGCUUGAGAAGCAAAUUGCUUCAAGAAAUCUGUGAUGAAUCUUCAAUUAACCUUACGUCGAAGCAAUCUUCAAAGGAUUUUUUGCCCAAGUAUUUGAGGCUAAUCAAACCUCUGCAUAUUAAGGUUACGAAAAGGAAGAAUUGUAUUAUGAAUUUCUCGGUUUCCGUAACGCCGAACUCUUUUCCUACGGUGCCACCGGCUAAUUUAUCUCCGAUUAAGUUUCCCGAUGAGAGCAGAGUGGGUAGUUUUGUAAACAAACGUUUGACGAAAAGCCGAUCGGCUUCGACGGCAAUCAGAAUGACGCCACCGGCGGUGAACCGUAGGGACGAUUCCCUGUUGCAGCAGCAUGAUGGAAUACGAGGCGCCAUUCUUCAUUGCAAGAAAAGCUUCAACUCUUCAUCCAAAGAAUUUUCGCACUUAUCGAGAUCUUCAAGUUAUUCUUCGCACGAAAAAUUCAUCCAGCCGCGAAGGAAUUCAUGUGAAGAGCAGAAGAGAUGCAGCAUUUGA